GUGUUUUAUACCCUUUGUGUUUAGACCAAUUGAUAAAUUCAGGUGGAAACUCCUGAAGGGUCGCCAUCUACAUAUCGCGUCAUCAUAGAUCGAUAUCUCUUCAACUAUCCUUAGUGUUUGCCAUCAUCAACUAGCAAUUGCCUGCGCCUGUCAUCAGGGGCUUUUGUGAGCCGAGGCAAUUCCAGCGAUGGCUCAGACACGCUGUAUGUUCUUCGAUGAAAAUGGCACUGAACGCAAUGGAGGCUGUUACUCGGGAGAUCGAUGCAAAUUUAUUCAUCCUGGAAACCCCGCUUGGGAUACAGCCCCGAGUCGGAAUGCUCCGAGAGGUCGCGGAAUGGGCAGAGGUGGAUUUGGAGAAUCGAGAGGGUCGUUUAGUCGUGGAAGAGGGCGUGGAUCUGGACCUGUUAAUCAAUCUAGUUCAUUUUCGGCGUCGGGAUGGGAUACUGGAGGAGGAACUGAUAAUAAUGCACAGAAGCCGAACUCGGGCUGGGCGAUAACAAGUACAAGUACAAAAGAUACUGAUAAACAAGCCAAUGUUGCCACCGCGUCUCUGUGGGACACUGGUGACUCAUGGGGCACGGCCUCAGACUCAGGAGCAAAAAAAUCUUCUGCAGGUGGAUGGGGUGACAAUGACACCUGGGGUGGUAAUGACACAUGGGGCGGUAACUCCGGAACAAAAGAUCAAUCUGGAGGCGGAUGGGGUAAUACUUCCGGUGGCGACAUGUCUUCAUGGGGCGCGGCAGACACGACAGACACCACGCUGCGCGCACAGGAGAAACUUGGCAGCUCAAAUGCAAUGGACACUUCUACAAGCACAUGGGGUGACACUCCCGGUGGCGGGUGGGGCAGUCCUGCGGGUGGCGCCAAAUCUCAUGGUGGAUGGGGCGCGUCGGGAACGACUGAAAUGACGUCGGUUGCACAGCCGAAACGUAAUGAUGCCGACCAAGAGAAUCACAGAUUUAAACCAUCACAAGUUCCUCCACCACGACCUCCGCGUCGUGGCUCGCGAGUACAGGACGACGAGGAAGAAACGCGUCCCAAGAUGACCGGGACGAAUGACGUCCCAAUGGUCAAUACAAGAUGGAUCAAGAAAGCGGACACGACAGUGCCACCCCAUGUGGAGUCUUCUGAGCGAUCUCGCCUUCCGCCGCUCCAGACGAGCGCAUUAAACAACGCGACUCCCCGAGAGCCACCAGCUCCAUUGUCCGCCAACCGCUCUGAGGACGACCGAAUGGACGUGGAUGGUUGGAGGCGGGAUGUGAUACCGGAGAAAGUUCGUGACAGGUCGCCUUCCCUAUCGACAGUGACAGGACCAGCUAUCACUCGCAAGAGGAAAUAUGGAAACUCGGGCCUCGAGAGGAAGCAGGAUAUGUGGAAGGAUUUUAUCAGAUUGUGCGACCGCGCCGUUCGAGCAAAAGUAGAUCUCGCGAAGGCAGAGGCAGAACGUCAAAACUGGAGAAGGGCACAGAAGUCUACUAACUAUUCCCGCAUCGGCGAAGCUGGCCGCAUUCGCCUGGAUGGACAUCGGACAGAGCUUGAGAAAGUUUGUGCUGGUCACUACGAUAAACUAUCGCAGGCGAUCAGUGAACUUGCGGAGGUUGGAGACAAGCUGAAAUCUGGCAUAGACUAUGAACAACGUUACGAUAUUGGAAACGAGGUGGCGCGCUACUCAAAUGAAGUCGGGGCUUGGUUAUCAGAUAUCCGCCCACUACUCAUUGCCAACACCACCGAACAGCCCAAAGAUACUAAUCAUCCUACUCCUCAUGAAGAUGAAUCACCUGAAGAACCACCAGCUAUUCCAGACAGUCUGGAUCCCUUGCGAUCCCGUCUGGACAAACAAGAGGAGCAACUCGAGGAACUGCGAACAGUGCUGACGCUCGAGUCUUCUAAUGAUCCUCUUGCUACUAUCAACAACACAAUUGACAAGAAGAUAGAUCUCUUGCGUAAAGAUCGAGCGGAGGCCAAGGCCCAACGCGCUAAGCUGCCUCCACCGAAGGUUGUUAUACCACCCGAGGCGACGGGCGCUAUAGAAGAUGUUUCUCGUAAGGCGGUGGAACUGAGCGCGGCUAUGGAAGCGCCUAUCAAUGACGUCGCAAAGUUACUCAUUGGUCAAAACGACAUACAGAAAAUACAGGCUUCUUUCAAAACUGAGAACGAAGAACUCAAAAAAUUGAUAGUCAAGCUCACCGAGACGUCCGCUGCUAAUCGGAAACUGAUCCAAGAACAAACCGAAGCCAUUCAGCGUCUCAAGGUUUCACUCGAGGCAGCUUCUGAAUCACAACGCGCUCCUGCACCCCCUGCCGAACCCCCAGUCAAAGUCAUGUUCGACGACCUUCGUGCAGCAGUUGAUGAUGUGCUGCAUGGUAUUGUAUCGCGCGAAGUCGUUCCUACGAUAAAUAGAUUGCGCGACGAUUGCUGGAAAGAUAACCAGCACUUUCAUAAGGAGGUGUUUGAGAUAAUCUGGGAUAAAAUUGAGCCCAGCUUAAGGAUCGCCGAAGCUGUCAACCGAUGGGCGACAAGGUUAGAACUCCCUGCAUCCUGAUGCGUACCUCGUCAAGCCAUCCGUCCAUUCAUUAUCUACUUGCUUGUAAACAUCCAUCUUACCUGUUCAGCCUACACUAGUCGACAUUACUCUCGGAUUACUCGGUUACUUCCCUUAAUAAGUAAACUUUCUGUACUCCAG